UUAUCGUAAAGUGAACAUGCGUACCAUUUUAUUUAAUUAACGUAGAGUAACAACUUAUUAAAUAGAUUUAAAUGGAUAUAUUUACAUAAAUUAAACGUUUUAUUUUUAUUUUUAAUGAUUGAACCAAAGCACACACAGCCCUAGAGCGCUCCCUGUAGACUGUGACCUGCAGCGCACAUGAAUCGUGUCGUCAGCAGCUUUCUGCUCAGUGGUUGUACCCCGGUAAUGUAUUCAAACAUCGCAAGUGUCUGUUAGCACGAGUGAAACUACUUUAGUUGAUUGUGACCCUGAAGUCAGGCUGUGCCGCAGAAAUCGGACAAGACACAAGAAUCUCCAUUGCGAAAGGAGAAAUUUUCUGCAAUGUCUCCAAUACGAGAGGAGGUCCUGAGAGAUGAAAAUUUGAUCAGAAGUCUAGAGGAGAUAGCAAAAGACACAGCUCUUUUAAAUGGGGUGUUGAUGCGGACCAAAGAAACUCCAAACUCUCCUGAAUUGGUGAGUUAUGCACCGUUCACAUUGUUCCCCACUCCAGUGCCUACAGCACUCUUUUAUCAAGCACUGGCAGUUCAAACACAUUUUAACCGGUUGGUGGACCGAGUCAGCCAGAAUCCAACCUUUCUUGAGGACACUCUGGCCAGCACCAUCAAAGUUGACGAUUUUACAGCCAGACUUUUCAGUAUAUUCAAACAAGUUCAUCAGGAAUGUCAAUCCCAGCCAAUAGUUCUGGGUCUAAAUCGUUCAGACUACAUGUUGGACCAGAACCCAGACGGUGGGACAUCUUUAAAGCAGAUUGAAAUCAACACUAUCGCUGCCAGUUUCGGCGGUCUUGCUUCACAGACACCAGAUGUGCAUCGGCACAUUCUGAAGGUUGCAAACAUGUUAGACGAGUGUGAUCAUAUUCUUGACAACAACCCUGCAGCGGGUCUUGCGAGAGGUUUGGCAAAAGCCUGGGAGCUCUAUGGAUCUGAGAGGGCUGUGGUUAUGUUUCUAGUUGAGGACAUCCAGAGGAAUAUUUAUGACCAUCGAUAUGUAGAAAAUGAGUUGUGGAAGAACAAUAUUCCUGUUGUAAGAAGACGGUUUGAAGAUGUUUGUAGAACUGGAUCAUUAGACCAGCAGAAGAGGCUAUUUGUAAAUGGGCAGGAGAUCGCCAUUGUUUACUUCCGUAAUGGAUACAUGCCCCAAAACUACACAUCAGAGCAGAGCUGGGAGGCACGGCUGAUGAUGGAGCGCUCUCUGGCUGUGAAGUGUCCAGAUAUCAGCACACAUCUUGCUGGCACGAAGAAGGUCCAGCAGGAGUUGGCCUGGCCAGGGGUUCUGGAGCGCUUCUUCCCUGAUGAGCCUGAAACAGUUGCUCAGAUUAGGGCCACGUUUGCUGGAUUGUACACCUUGGACAAGGGAGAAGAAGGUGAUAAAACCGUGGCAAUGGCUUUGGCCAAUCCUGAUCAAUAUGUGCUUAAGCCUCAGAGGGAGGGAGGUGGUAACAACAUUUAUGGAAAGGAGAUCUGUGAGGUAUUGGAGAACACAAAGAGCUCCAGUGAGAGAACAGCCUACAUCCUGAUGGACAAGAUCCAGCCUCGUCCUGUGCAGAACUACCUGCUCAGACCAGGAGCUCCUCUGAAACUGAACUCCUGCCUCAGUGAACUGGGUGUGUUCGGAGCGUACGUCAGGAAAGGCAACGACAUGGUGUUUAAUGAAUGUGUGGGCCAUCUGCUGAGGACCAAGAGCUCAGAGCAUGCUGAUGGGGGUGUGGCUGCAGGAGUAGCAGUACUGGAUAAUCCACUACUGGUCUGAACUGUACCACCCUCUAGCGGUCAGGAGGAGAAUUACACACAGAUGACACUGGGAAGCUUCAUCCCCACAAGAACCCCUUUCUGGAUGGCUGUUUUAUUAUAGAUUCUGUGUUUUGAGGAUCUCCAUCACAUGCGUUAGAGCACUUUUACAUGCAGUGAAGUCAAAUUGACUACAGAACAGAAGUGCAUAUUUUUCCUGUAAAUGUAUUCUACCUAAUUUAAGAGCUAAUCUAUACCAGUGUGCCAUAUGUAGCUAUUACUCAUGUGAACAUUUUUUUUAACAUGUUUUUUUUCUUCUAUUAAUUUAUUUUAUAACACACAUUAAUAAAGCACACUGGUAACAUUUCAAUGGACAACAAUGCUGACAUCAGUCUGUAAACUAGUUUGAAGCUGUUUUAGAGUGACCAAAGCUAAGCAAAAAUGUAAGCAUUACAUGAUUUAUAUAAAAAAGUAAAAGAAUAGUUUUACAGUUUCAAGUUCUGGGCCAAUUCAUGGAUUUUGCUCUACUGGAUAUCAUCUAUAGACCAUUUUAGACACUAACCCUAUGGCAGAGAUACAAUGACUAAAAACAUAUAUGUAAUAAAACAUUUUGUUCUGAAAUCCAUGUUUAUUUAAAUCACAUUACAGCCAAAGAAACCAAACUCUCAUCACCGCCCAAGUAAACGGCACAAACACCUCCAUCCUCUCAGGCAUUCAUACAACUCUGGAAACGUAAUGUCAACCUCUGAAAAACAAUAUAGUACAAAGAUGACAAAAGACAUGCAUCAAAUAUCAACCAAUGAGAAACAAUGAAGAAAGAAAGAAAACAUAGAGACAAAAAAGGAGCUUGACAAAACUUCAAGGCCUAAAUGGUAAUAGAAACACAAAAAGGGAGAAAUAAAUGUUUUGAAAAAUCCUGCACCGAAACAAUUGUGUAGGAGAAUCUUAAAAUGCUCUUGAUUACUGUGAAAAUCCUUUUAAAAAAAUCGUAUUAACACAAAAUUUGAAAGUGUGACAAAGAAAGCAAAAUUUGAGUUUUUAAAGGUUUCUUGCAUGGUUAGCUUAAUGUCCUUGACAAGAACCAAAAGGCAGUCAGAAAAGUUAGAAUAACAGGAAACAGAUCUAUCGGAAUGUGCAGGGCAGAAUGACAUCAUGAUCCACAUAGUAACGUCCAUCCAACAGUACAUACGUCAUGAUGUACAGACUCCCUUAUAGACAGAUAUUUCUGAUCAAUGAAAUCAUAUCAAUGCAAGGCAGAUUUAAAGCAUGUCAACUGAAAAUAAGAACUAAAAGAAAAACAAAACACUGAGUGGUUCUAUCAACUUGAUAUGCAAGAGAAAAACAAAAUAGACAGAAGUUUGUGUAAGACAAGCAAUAACAAAAACAAACACAAACAGCCGUGACAGAUUACAGGCAGAAUAUUUUGUUUUGUAGAUAUUACAUUCAUUGUUGCUUUCCCCCCAUUCACCCUCAGUCUGAAAUAUACAAUGAAUAUAUACGUUUUAUUCACUACAGACUGAAUUCAAAAACAAAAAAGGCUUUCUUUCAAUUCUUUCUUUUAUGGUUUCCAUUUUAUAUCAUCUAUAAAGUUGGCAAAGAAGUCAAAAAAGUGAUUGUUUUGUGACUCCACGCUCAAAAUGGAAACUACAGAACUUAUUUAAAAUGUCACUGCCUGACUCGAUUAUUGAUGUUUAAAGGGAUAGUUCACCUAAAAAUGUAAAUUCUAUCAUCAUUUACUCUCUCACCCUCAUGUUCAAACCUGUGACUUCUUUCUAGGGAUAUGCCAAUUUUCAUAAUCGUCUUGUCAGUCGGUCGUUUGACCCCGAUCAGACACGUUUCAGAAUGAUAUAUGGAUGCUAAGCACAACAUUUUAGCAUGGUAACGGAUAUUCCACAAAAAUAUAGGCUAAGUAUCAAUAACAACUUAUUGCACAAAACUAUCAAAGAGAAGAAAUAAUCUCUGCUUAUGCACAUCCUGAAUGCAGAAUGACUCACUUCAAUGUAAACAGAGCACUUGGAAGUCUCAGGAUGAUCCUUGCUUCACAUUCAAAAGUGCAGAACUGCAAGAUAAUAUUGCGGGUGAACGACAUCAAGCAGUUUAAACUUUUUAUUUUAGCAGAGUCAGACAGAAUCCGCAGAAGAAUACAGCAGAGGAUUUAACGUUUGACAGUGAUCGUCUUGUAAUGUAUUGUUGAGGCAGCGCUUUGAUGGCUGAAACAGCAGCAGUGCAUAAAUGUAUUAAAGUUGAAGCAUUAAAAGGAAUAUUAUGGGAUCAAAACAAGUUGAGCUCAAUCGACAGCAUUUGUGGCAUAAUGUUGAUUACCAUAAAUAUGUAUUUAAACUCGUCCCUCCUUUUCUUUAAAAAAAAAAAAAAAGAAAAUAUCUGGGUUACAGUGACACAAAUAAAUUGUACAAUACACAAUGAAUACAAAUGAUAUUCUUGUAAAAAUUAUUUUAGUGUGAUACAAUCACUUACUAAACUUUUCUGUGUAAAUUUAUAGCCUAUUUUACAUCUUCGUUGCCAUGAUGUUGUUAUGCUGUAAACCCUAAAACGACUGUAAAAAUGACGAUAUAAACAUCUUAACAGUUCAAAUAAUACAUGAGUUUUAACAGAAGAAUUAAUGUAAGUGCUUUUAUAAAUUAAUAAGCUUCACAUUUCUGCCUUUAAACCCUCUAAAAUUGGCCCCAUUCACUUCAAUUGUAAGAGCCUCACUCUAAACAACUUUGUGGUAAUCAGCAUUAUGCCACAAAUGCUGCUGAUUUAGUUGAACUUGUAAUAAACUACUUGCCAAAUGUUUUACUCUGCUGACUAUUAUUCACUUUUAAGAGCAGCGAGCUAUGAUCAUGAAAAAAAUGAUGCUCUUCAAUAUGUUGAGUCUCUCAAUUAAUUUGAGAAUUGUGUCUCCCAUUAAAGCAAACACCACAAAAAAUAUGAAUGUUAGUUGAUUGGUCGACCACCAUGGCAUAUCCCUACUUCCUUACUUAGAACAUAAGGUUCCAUUUGUUAACAUUAGUUUUACAUUACAAACAAGGAACAAUAUUUUUAAACUGCAUUUAUUAAUCAUUGUUCAUGUUAAUUGAUAAAAAACACAAUUGAUCUUUCUUUACAAUUGAUUAGUUCAUGUUGCUUUAACUAAUGUUAACAGCACUGACAGCCAUUCAUUUUCAUUGCAUCUUUUUUUGUACAAUGAAAGUCUGACUGAGGCUUACAGUACAUUCUGCCUAACAUCUCUCUAGGCUAUGUAAAAAUGAUAAAUUACUUUCAUUUUUGGGUGAACUUUUCCCUUUAAAUCCAAAAUAUACCAAUGACUUGUUUCCUAUGCAGAGAACAAGAUAACGUUUUACAUGAGAAAACAAGACAAGUCAUCAAAAGUCAGUGACAUUCCCAGGAAUCUAAGGAGCCUAAAUGAUUGUCAACGAUUUAAGCCUGCAGUCAAAUGACUGAGGGCAUAAAGCUCCCUGAUGUGUUCUGCAAGGCCCAAACUAGCACAACACCAUAAAGUACCGCCAAAUAAGCUUAUAGUUGGGAAGUCUGUGAAAAGACCCCAUCCCUGACCCAAUGUCAAUUGAAAAUUAUGGCGGUCAGAUACGACCAUUAAGUUUUUCUUUUAAAAACUUCAAUUUCUGUGUAUAAAAAUGGUACAUAAAAAUAUACGUUUUGUGCAUUACAAGUUAGUGCAAUUAAAUGUUUUCCCUCUUGUUCUUCUCAUUGGCACUUAUUGAAGGUUAUGAUCAUGAGAGGGACACUUGUCUGACCACUGGAAAAGAGAAGACAAAGCUGCUCUAAGCUGUAACUGGACAAUAUGCCUUGACAUUUGUUUUUCUGCACAGAAUCUCAGUGUUCCACUAUGGAAGCUGCAGGAAAAGAGCCCCCUCUUGUGGCCUG